UCUUCCGGUUCAUGGGCCGGUUCGUCACUGAGCGUGUGCCGCUCUUCGUCGGGGUAGCGUCAGCAUGGCGGUGCCGUGGAGCCGAUGCUGGAGGAGCAGCACCGGAGCGGCCGUGCUGCUGGACUGGUGUUGCGGGUUCAGCAGAAGGGCCUUCUCUCGCGCGGCUUCAGGAGGCGGGAGAACAGAGAGCCCCACCGCCGCGACACAGGUUUUAUUCCGGCAGGGCCCUAUAUAUAAUUUUAACAUACCAAUGACUAUUGCAAGGCACAGGAAUAGAUGUCUGUACACGGCUCCACGAGUCUGUUGCAGUAUACGCAGUGAUACAAAGCAAAAAGAUCCUUUCUUACUAGCACAAAAAGACUUGCAAAAUAUUUAUGAUGACAUAAAAAAGCAGUUGCUCAUCUCUAAAGCAGAGCUAAAAGCGCUGUGUGAUUAUUACUUUGAUGGAAAAGGGAAAGCUUUUCGACCAAUGAUUGUAAUCCUGGUGGCUCGAGCGUGCAACGUCCACAGCAAUAAAGAGGGGGUUCUGCUGCCGGCGCAGCGCUCCAUCGCUAUGAUCUCUGAGAUGAUCCACACUGCCAGCCUGGUGCAUGAUGACGUGAUUGAUGAUUCGGACACGAGACGGGGCAAAAACACCAUUAAUAAAGUCUGGGGCGAGAGAAAAGCUAUCCUGGCUGGAGAUUUCAUUCUGUCAGCAGCGUCUAUGGCGUUAGCACGUAUCGGGAACACUACAGUGGUGUCUGUGCUGUCACAAGUCAUAGAAGACCUCGUGCGAGGUGAAUUCAUGCAGCUGGGGUCUAAAGAGAAUGAAAACGAAAGAUUCAAGCACUACCUUGAGAAAACCUUUAAGAAGACCGCCAGUCUCAUUGCGAACAGUUGUAAAGCAGUGUCUAUAUUGGUGAAUUCUGAUCCUGAGGUGCAUGAGAUUGCCUUCCAAUACGGACGAAACGUUGGCAUUGCCUUCCAGCUUGUGGAUGACAUUCUGGACUUCACUUCCAGUGCAAACCGCUUGGGGAAGCCAUCAGCCGCCGAUCUCAGACUGGGUCUGGCCACCGGCCCCGUUCUGUUCGCUUGUCAACAGUUUCCCGAGCUGCAUGCGAUGAUAAUGAGACGCUUCAGCUCUGAUGGAGAUGUGGAUCGAGCCUGGCAGUACGUCCUGAAGAGUGACGGUGUGGAACAGACCAACUACCUCGCCCGACACUACUGCCAAGAGGCCAUCCGUCAGAUCAGCCGCCUGCGGCCGUCGACCGAGCGAGACGCGCUCAUCCGACUGACCGAGCUGGUGCUGCGCAGGGACAAGUGAGCCCGGACUCAGAGCUCCACACUCAGGCAGCUACAGCUCUCUGCAGCCGGGAUUCAGAGGUCAAAGAACACCACACACGCCGUCACUGUAUGCUUUAACCGUACUGUAAUCACAGAACCUUCUGGUACCAAAGGAGAAACUCUGUGAAAUCAUUGUAAUUCCAGGUGUAGCACCGAUGGGAGGUGCUACCGUCACGCGCGUGUUUGUGGAUCCGUUACAGACGAUCGCUUAAACAUCCGUCCGCACCAUCCAAAGGCCAAACAGUGUCUAAGAUGUACUUUUGCAUCAAGUGCUUAAUAACAACAAAGGCCUUAAAGCUCACUGGCUAUUUACUCAAAUUAAAAAAAAAGGUAUUUUUUAAAGUAAA